GGUGCACGCAGCCACUUCGAAAAUAAAACCCUUGAUAUUUUGACAUGGUGGUGCCCCUUUCUUCCUGCGACGAUUUCAUUUACAGUAGUAGUAGUAUUUAUAAUAAUUUUUAAUAAGGCCUCACUAAAACGUACAUUUAAAUUCCCUCAAUAUGCAGCAAGCAAACGCUAAUGAUCCUAGACGACCAAACAAAGUUACAAGGUAUAGGACUAGUAUAGUCAACUGAUAAAAUUUAAUUGUCUUAAAUUGAUCUAUCUGUACGCCACUGUACGGCAUUGAAUCGUUAUCAUUUCAUUACAUGACUGUACUGUCAUUUUUCGGAGUGAUCAUUUUUUUUACCAUCAUCUGAUUAGUGACUAUCAACAAAUCAAUAUUGUCAAUAUCACUAAGUUAAAUUUGUAAUGAGUAAUUAAAGUGUAACUUUAUUAGUAUGGUGUUUAAAUAUUUAUUUUAAUUAACCUAGCCCCAGUUAAUUUAUAUAAAGUAUAUUACUACUACUACUACUUGUUAAAUUAUUUAAAUAAGAAAUAUCUAUGUUUAUCAAUUCAAGAAAGAAAACCAUGGCAUAUCGUACAUCUUUCUUGCCCAAAGCUACAAAAGAUUUGUAAAAUUUCCUUUUGUAAUGGAGGCGAUUAUCGGUUUUAGAAAUUUUAUAUUUAACUUAUCUUAUUAGUAUUAGUCGUCACUAGCAACGCUCUGACUUAGUUGAUGGGGGAAAAAAUUAAAAUAAUAUGUAAGUAAAGAAAGGGAAAAAUUCAUCUCAACAAAAUCAGGUCUAACAUGAAUUAUUUUCUUUGAAAUUGCUACUUCCCUUAAAUUUGUUAACAUCUCUCCAACUUAAUUAUGAGAUAAUAUAACAUAAAACUGAUGCACGUUUUCAUAUCGCUGAAAAAAAUAGCAGUAAGUUUUGAAGGCGUGUCAAAUAUUUUGUUCACAAUUGAUGUCUAUAAACCUGACACUAGCGGUCAUACUAAAAAGCAAAUAUGUAAAGAUAAUCAUCUUUCACAGCCCACACUUAUUUGCCCAGUUCAGGCUUUUAAUUUUAAUGCAACAUAUUUGUAAGGUACAUGAAAAUAAUAAAUGAAAUUUUCAGCAAUUAUAAACUUUUCCUGUCUCUAUUAGGUAAUAGUGUUCCUGGCUGAUGCACAGCCAAAAAAUUUUCUGUGUAUAAUCAAUUAUUCUGAUCUUAGGUACAAGGCACAGCCCUCUGGGGGUCCAGCAGAUGAUCCAACUCCUGAUUAUAUGAAUCUUCUUGGAAUGAUAUUUAGUAUGUGUGGACUAAUGAUGAAAGUAAGAUUAUAUAAUGUGUCUGGCAUUUAAAAAUUUAUAAUAGUCAAAGAAAAUCACUAUAACCAAAUAGUUUAUUAAAAUAUUUAAAUGUUAUUAAAUUAAGUCAAAAUUUUGUUUUACUGAUCAUGGGCAGUGAAUAUUGCAUUAAUAAUUCAUUUGCAUUUAUUUUUUUCAGCUCAAAUGGUGUGCUUGGGUAGCUGUGUAUUGUUCAUUUAUUAGUUUUGCCAAUUCCAGAACAUCAGAUGAUACAAAACAGAUGCUUAGUAGCUUUAUGUACGUUUACUAUAGUAAUUAGUAAUUGUACAGCAGUUUUUCUCUUACAACUUUGUCCCCUUUUCUCACAAACGAAAUACCAGUUGCAAGUGUUAGCAUUAGUUCAAAUAUUAUCAUCUUAAAAAAUGCUUCUACCUAUUACUUUUUUUCCCUCCAAGAUGUAAUAACUUAUCCAUUUCUUUUGUUUUAGGCUCUCAAUAUCAGCUGUUGUCAUGUCGUAUUUACAGAACCCCCAGCCAAUGCAGCCACCUUGGUAAUUGAAAAAGUGCACACACCGGUAUUAAAAGUUUAUUUAUAUACAUGCAUCGUGUUUGCUUGUAUUUUUUUUCAAUAGCUGUUGACUAGAAGUUAUUAUUUUAAUUGUAAAAGGAAAUAUGAUUGAUACUAACUUGAUGUGAAUAAAAUAGUAACUUUUGGGCUUAGUAAUUAACAUAAAAUGAAUCUUUGUUUAGCAUUAUUCAUCUCCUAAUACCAGAUAAUGCUGAGACUUGGCAACUAAAGGUUGGAAAAGACAAAUUAUGAAACCUACAGUUAUACAAUACAUAUAAUAUAAGCUUUGCUUUUGUGAAAAGUGUACAAGUCUGGUUGAUAGUAAUUGGGGUGAAUUUUGAGUGGCUGUG